CAGCUGCUGUGAAGGUUUCAACUAGAAGCUAUUGUUUUACAGCCAUUCACUGACAUUGCUGUUUAUUGACACCUGAAAGGAUCCAACAUGUCUGUCUCAGCUUUUACGUUCCUAGUGCUUAGUGCCAUAAAUGUCAUUUGGGCCAUAGAUAUUAAAGUGAGUCUGGACAACACUAAGGUAUAUACCCCAAUAGCUUCCAAAAAUAAACUCUAUUACAUCUCUAAGUCUAACUUUGUCAGUUACACCCAGGCCAGCACCUGGUGCUCACAGAAUGGAGGAGGCUACCCAGCAGAGAUCGAUACCGCCGAAGAGCUUGGAUUAAUUGAACAGUACGCGUCUUCUACUAACUUGGACAGAAUCUUCAUCGCAGGCACUGAUGCCAAGAAAGACGGCGUAUUUUUUAGUCAACGAACUGGAGCAUUCAUACACAUUUACAACUGGGCCAACGGAGAACCCAAUAAUGAUGGUGGAGUAGAAGACUGUCUAGAGUUGUACGGCAAUGGACAGGGCAGGGUGAAUGAUACCCCAUGCAACAGAGCCUCAAUCUCCCACUAUGUUCUCUGCGAGCUUGAUCUAUUUUAGAAAAGUUCCCAAAGCAGAUUGAUGCAAAUAAAAAUAA